GACUGGGAGAGCUGGUCACCAGCGUGCGAUCCCCUUGGGAGCAAGAGCCGAGACUUCCUCCAUACCUGCCAGCAGCCACACGCUAUCCUCCACCCGACACCAUGGUGCAGUGGACAGCUGAAGAGAAGCAGCUCAUCACCGGCCUCUGGGGCAAGGUCAAUGUGGCCGACUGCGGUGCCGAGGCCCUGGCCAGGCUGCUGAUUGUCUACCCCUGGACCCAGAGGUUCUUUGCUUCCUUCGGGAACCUCUCCAGCCCCACCGCCAUCCUUGGCAACCCCAUGGUCCGUGCCCAUGGCAAGAAAGUGCUCACCUCCUUUGGGGAUGCUGUGAAGAACCUGGACAACAUCAAGAACACCUUCUCCCAGCUGUCUGAGCUGCACUGCGACAAGCUGCACGUGGACCCCGAGAACUUCAGGCUCCUGGGUGACAUCCUGAUCAUUGUCCUGGCCGCCCACUUCGCCAAGGAUUUCACUCCUGACUGCCAGGCUGCCUGGCAAAAGCUGGUCCGUGUGGUGGCCCACGCUCUGGCCCGCAAGUACCACUAAAGCAUCGGCAGAAAAGCCUGAGCAGCAUCCUGCGUGUUGUGCACCAGCUGACAUGCUACUAUGGGGCUGACAGCUUUUAACAACCAAAUAAAGCUCAUCCUGUGAAGUCUC